AUGGAGGAUGACAAACAUAAAAUUGCUAAGACAAUUGUUAUACCACAAGAUAUAAUUGAAGAGAUUUUUCAACAUCUUCCCGUAAAAGCAUUAACUACAUUCAAAAUCUUGUCAAAAAAAUAUAGAGAGAUGAUCGAAUCAGCCCAUUUUUCCCACAAACGACUCGUUUGUAAAGGAUUACGAACCCCUAAUAUGAAACUUCUUGUUGUUAGUCAACAACUGUCAACCAUGCGUGAUGAACAAGAUUCAAACUCAACAACUUUGUGUUUGGAUAUUUUUUCUAGGGAUGAUUACAACAACGGAAAAAAUUGUCCUUCUUCUUCUAGUUACUACACUUUUCCUGAUGAUCCAAUCGACAAAUCUCAGAACAAAACUAUUCAAGUCUUGGGGUCAUGUGAUGGAUUGAUCUUGAUUCGGAUAUACGAAGAUUUUAGGUACAUUUACUUGAUCAAUCCAUCGACUAAAAAACACAUGACACUUUUUCCGGAAUUUUUGCGAUUCGCAACUACCGCAACGGACAAGAGAACAUGGAGAGAAUCUCAAUCAGUCUUGGAUUAUGAAGGUGAAUUAGUGAAGAUAAUGCCGUGUCUUGCUGGGUUCGGCAAAGAUAUUGUUACAAAAUCAUAUAAGGUGAUUUUGUUAUAUCCAAGACGUCAAAUUUUGUUAUAUUCGAUACAUCAUCAAAAUUGUCAUUAUUUCAAAGUCGAGGUCAUAUCCCUUGAUAAUGGUCUGCAACGAGAAGCGGAUACUCCUUGUUUAUAUGAUGUUCAAUUCUGCGAAGAGCAUACAUCAGUCUACGCAAACGGAUCUCUGUUUUGGUUGACAUUAGCUUGGAAAGGAAUUUCAAGGCUACUAGCUAUCGAUCUUCACACUGAAAAAUUUCGAUGGAUAUCAUUACCAAAGUGUCACACCAGUUAUGCUACAAGUAUAGAAAUGGGGAAUCUAAAUGAUCGUUUGUGCCUAUCGAAUGUGCUAGAAAAUUCAAAUUUGCAAGUUUGGAGUUUACAAGAAGAUCAUCCUCUUAACGAGAAAUGGAAAAAAAUAUAUUAUAUUGAUAUAAAAACCAGCCAGCUAAAUGAAAAGUUUUGGAUGUUUGGUCUACCAGCUGCCUAUUUUCCAAGGAUUGGUAAGAAUCGAGAUCAUGUUUCUUUUGCUAGAAACAAAACGAUUUCGUAUUCACCAACAAUGAUUUCUCCUUCGAGUUUAAUGCUUUGAUGUUAUUUCUACCUUCAUUUGGUGAA